ACACGUCACUGGGUCGUUGUUUAGUUGAUAAAUUUCUGUCCUACCCUAUAGCCAUAAACUUCAUCCCUUUCCAAUUCGUCUAAUCUAUUAUUAGACUAGCACCUUCAAGUUACAUAGUUUCUACGUAUCAGCCAAUCAGAUUCACGUAUUUAGUUUAUAGUUAAACUUGCAUUUGAGAUUGGUUGGUAAUUUUAAAUGUGGCUAACGUGCUCAGUGAGAAAUUUGCAUACAUGACAUUGUUGUAUAGGGAAGAGACCUUCAAACCAGCAAACAAGCAUUUGUUUAACCAGCUUACUUCUUCCCUGAAAUAAAAUCGGUAGACAGACGGACAUAAAUAUACACUAUACACAGGUUGCAGUUUGAAAGCCACGUGCUUUAAAUAGCCUCACAGGCGAGCUCAUCUGUUAUCCUAGACGUGUAAGAUAAGAUACAAUCGAAUCACAGAAGUUUAUCUACACUGCCCCCGUCUGCUACCAUUUCUGCUGUUGGUAGUAAUAACGGUCACAUAAACAGUGUCUAGGUGACUGCUACAAUCACAUACGAAUGCACACACACACGCACAUAAAUAGAUGUGUGCACACACACGUCUAGGGCACACAAUACAUCACUGCCUCUAGGCCUCCCAUCUGUCAACUAUAAAUUGCUGGAUCACGUUUAUUUCCUCAUUCUGUGUAUGUCAUACAGUUCGGCGUGUGAAGUAUUGUCUUGAGUGGUUUAUCACUCGCCCAUAAACAUUAUUUAACUUGAUGCUAUAAAAAGGCUCACUGCAUUCCAUAUUGUCACUACAAUACUCUUGCCAUUGUGCUUUCAGCAAACUAUCCCAUUUAUUUUUACAAUAAAUUAAAAAUACUACUACACCAAGAAUGUGGAUGCAAGACUGCGAUCAAUGUGCCUCUGCUAAACUAGGAGGUUUACAAGUUUGGAUGCAACAUUUAACCGAUGAACACGCCGUACCAACAGAAUGGCCUAGCGAUAGAGCAGCUCGACUAACCGGUGUCAAUGCUUUACGACCUUAUACAACAAUCGCUGAAUCAAAAAAGAAACGCCGGAAAGACAGUAUUCCAAGACCGUUGAACAGUUUCAUGCUAUUCGCGCAACAUAUUCGCCGUAAUGUGUUACGUGUAUUCAGUGAUGCAUCGAAUUCUGUAAUCAGCCAACAAUUGGGAGAUUUAUGGCGUACAGUGCCCAGGAGUUGUCGUAACCAGUACGAUGAUGAAGCCAAUAGACUAGUGAAAAUUCAUCAAAUUGAAUUUCCUAAUUACAAAUAUCAACCAAAGAAGCGUCAAAUCACAUCGACUAUAGCUGCCAACACAUCAGAUCACACUCGCACAAAUACUCAUCACCACAUCAAUAAUAACAAUGGUAACAGUACACCCAGCGGUGCACAGUCAACAAUGUCAGUGAGUGUUCGCGACGACCAAAUGCCGACAGCUAAAUUAAUCUCAACCAGUUUGAUCAAGUCUAACGCAGAUUACAGCGUAUAUUCUGGUCCUAUGAGUAAUAAACUUCCAUCGGUGAAUCGUUAUUGUUCCUCAUCUGGCAUACAAACGAUUAAUUCUGUGGUGAGAAGGCAAGCCAGUGGUGUAAUGGAUGUGAACACUAGCCAACGAACAGGUGGAGUAGAUUUAGUCAAUAGUUUUGUUACAAGCCCACCGAAGCAAGCCUGUAACACAAUUUAUGCUAAGUUGGAGCCUAAACCACUAAGCGUGAAUACUGUAAGCAGUGUCAGUGGUGCCACGAUCAGUAAUAACAAUACAUCUUCAUUCAGGCCAAGUCCGCAUAGUCUGUCAUCAGUCCUUCCACCUCUGUUAACACUGUCUCAUCAUGCGACUGUGUUAAAUGACCAAUUUCCCAAUGGAAUAUGUGACUCAGCUUAUGCUUCUGGGAUAAAUAGCUCUUCUUCGUCAUCAGCAUCUUCACCAGCAGUAGGUGAAUUAAUCUCACCUGCCAAGUCUUGUUCAUCAGCAUCUUCAUCUUCAAUGAAUGUAAGCAAGCAGAGUAAAACGUCGCCUAUUCGAAGGAAAAUUCAUUUUAUCCCCAUCAGACCACAAUCACAACAAUUACCACCUGUGGGUAAUCAGCCCACCCGUCAACGAUUUCUGUCAGCAAACAAUGGUACCAAUAUGUCCAGUGUGGGUGGUUGUCUUAGUGCACAGAUUGGUGGUUUUCAAUUCAAGUCACAUCCUGAUAAUGUGAUCAUUUCACAAAUGUCUAACGAUCAAAUUAACCAGUCACAACAACAACAUCAACAUCAAAAAGAGGAAAUUAAUGAGACCAUUCUGCUACAAGAUGGUGAAAUGCUAACUACAGAUAUUUUGACACCGGUCUACAUACAAUUAGAUCAUGAUGGACGAGGUCCUACAGAAGGUUUAAUGUUCACAUUACCACCUGGUACAGCCAUCAUUCAAACAAAUGGUGAUAUUGGACGUUCAUCUUUUCAAGGUAACUCACUACAUCCAACAGCAUCAGCAACAACAAGAAGACGAAUUUAUAUCGCCAACGGGAAUAGGAUCAUACCGGCUGUCUCGAAGUCAGUACAAGUUUUACAACCAUUGAAAGUGAUGAAUGUCAUUCAUCAUCAACAGCAGCAUUCGUCAUGCAGAGAUCCAGUUCUGUACAGUCCAGUAGUCACUUCAGAAAUGUUGUCCUCUUCAUCUUACAGUUGUAAUUCAUCGCCGAACUCGGUUGUAUCACCAAUGUCAGCUGAUGUGUUCCUUCCAAUGCAACAGAUUGAGGUGGUCUCCAGUUCUAAUUUUCAAAGAAGACAAUCAUCUUGCCUGAAUGUUUAUCAUUUCGAUGCACAGAAUGAGUUAGACAUGUGUAUUGAUGAAGAACAAUUAGCUGAUGAGGAGAAGAUGACACAUUUCAGUUCACAACAGCUGGAUACAAUGACAAACAUAAUUAGCAUUGAUGAGUGUAUGGAGGCGUCUUCUGUUAUGCCUGAUUGGUCACCUAACUUAACGUCUAGUGAAUCGAUAGCCGCGUCAUCCUUGUCACCGUCCUCCUCAUCGUCAUCAUCCCCAUCUAGGACAACAAGCAUAAUGACGACGGUGGCAACAUCCACGACUGACGAUGAUCAUCUCUUGUCAUCUACAUUUAACACAAACAGACUUCCACCGUUGACUGUUGACGUGAUGAAAUCUGUAAAUGAAAGCUUAAUCUCAUCGUCAACAUCGAACCACACAACUGGUAUCACUACUGAUGUGGAUAUCAUAUCUGACACCGAAUUCCCGAUAACUGCUGAUGAUAACUUCGAUUCAAGCUUUGAUGCAAUGAUGAAUUCAAUUGACAUUACCACAUUUCUACCCGGUACAUUUCAAUCCAGUGAAGAACAACACAUUAAUGGUGAUUAUGAUAAUGAGUUAAAUCGUCAACUACAAUCCACUUCAUCAUAUGAUUUGGAAUGUUUUAAUAUGAAUAAAAGUCACAUGAUGGAUAGUAAUAGUCAACAUAUGAAAAUCGACGAAUUUGAUGAUUCAUGUCAUAUAGUAAAUUCGGAAAAUGAUGCUCAUACUUCUACGUCAUACAAUGCUAGAUCUGAUAUUGAUUUUACAAAUAAUUCAAACAAUCAUGACUCAUAUGUUACGAUUAAUAGCAACACUGUUAUGCAUAACAUUUCCUCUUCAUCGCUGAAAGAUAAUCCUUACUCAUCAAUAAGACCGGUAGGAUCAUCAUCAUCAUCGUUAUCAAUGCCACAGACAUCGUCUUUGUCAACCGCCACUUCUACAUCACUCAGAAUGAAUUCACUGCAAGAACUGUUAAGUACAACACCUCAAGUUUACUCAUCCACCUUAGCCGAUUUGGAUUCUCUAGAUAAGUCAAGCUUAUUCAUUAUUAAACCGGAAUGUCUGUGUUGGCUUAACAACACAGCAAAUACAUUCAAUGUUUUAAGCCAGCUUAACUUGUGUGUAUCUCCCUAUUUACAAAAAGACACACACUGACACAUAUAUAUACAAUUUCUUCUUUGAGCAUAUCUUCACUGAAUAACUCAGGUGUUUUUAUGUCCUCUCUUAUUUAAACAAAAGUGAAACGUGAAAAUGAUGCAUUUUUUGGCUAAUUUAAUAUUUAAUAUUAUCAUCUUAAUAUUUAUUCACAUUCGUACAAACUCUUCUCUCCAUCUUAAUAUGCUUAUUGCUGCUAUAUUGAUACACAUUAUUUUCAAUCUGCUGGAUUAAAUAAUGCAUUUAAACACAAAGAAGAAUGAUACAUUGAUCCUUGAACCUUUCCAUAUUAAAACAAGCUAAUUUUUAAUGGUAAUGAAACAGUGAGAAUUAGAAAUUUUCUACAUUCUAUUUUACAUAUUACUUACUAGUAAUGAGCAAUAAUAUUUAGGUAUGUUGUAAGAAUGAAUGAUCAUCACACUAGGAGUUGGGUGGAUUUUUUGAGAACAGUUAUACUAAUACUGCCACUAUUACUAUUAAUAUCCUCUUCAGGUUGUACAGGAUUUCAUGAAAUUUUCUCCUUGCGCUUUCUUAGUCCUCUACAUUUUAAUUUAUUAUUUUCUAAUAAAUAAAGUUCUCAGUGACCCUACUACUUGCAAGUAACAUUAGUUAUAGUAGUUGAUGUUAACCAAAGCGGUGUUAGACUUGUUUUUAGCAUCAGUAAGUAAAUAAAUAGUAGUGUUAAAUGUUAGUUAGUCUACAACUGAUUAAUUCAUAUAUCAUUUCUAGUGAUUAUUAUUUUCCCAGUUUAAAUGUAUCCAAUCGAUAAAUCGAUCAUCUCAGGAUAGUUUAAGUUAUGCUUUCUUAUAUUUCAUACAGAAGAAUGAUUGGAAGUGUGCAUACUGAUGAUAAUAUUCUUUACAUUUACACUGUAAUGUAUAUUUCUGAAUGAAAAGCCUUUAUUAUUUCAAUUUAUAACCAUUAAUAUAUGAAUAUGUCGUCCAACUGCAACUGCUUCUACAACCAUCAUUUACAUUUUUGACUCGUCUAUUUUGUUUUUACUAUGUACAGUACUGUUCUAUACUUUCUUUUGACAAAGUGAACAAUGCAAUGAGGCUAUUCAACAUCCGCUACAUCAACAAUAAAAAAAGUAUUAAUCAUGAUGAUAGGGUAAUUCGCUGAUAUGGACACUAAUUUGUCUUAGAAGAAAGAAAUUUCAAUCAGGGGUCAGUCAUCUAUUCGUUUAUUCAUUUUUCCAGUCGUUUGAAAUGUAGUAAAAGUUUUGAAUAUACAAACAGUUUCAUUCACGUUUACACAUGAAAAACACAUACAAAGAAAAAAAAACACAAUGCUGCACAUCAUUUGAGUCAGUGGUAUCACUGACUGCCUUUACUCAUAAAGGAUCAUUCAAUUGCUUGCUCACUCAUUUAAUCAUUUGCAUUCAUUGACUGUUUAAUUGUCUCAGGUGGUUCUCUUACUCUGUGGUUUAUGAAUACAAUACCUAUUUUUUUGUUGUUGAAACUUUUGGGAAAUUUUAUUUUAAUUUGGUUGUUUUAUUUUGUCUUAAUCUUUUUUGUUUGUUUGCUGUAUUCAUUUCAUGGAACACAAAGAAAAAAUAUACGAACAAAUACACAUAUAUAUACACACAUACACAAAACUCUUUAAUCAGGGCUUACUUAUCUCAUUAUUCCUGUUCUCUAUUUAUAACUAUUUUGAUCGAGGGAAUUCUCAUCAUGGAUGACUGUUUUUGUUUUACAUGGGGAAAUGAAUCUAUAUUACAUGUACACACAGAAGAGGAUGGAUCGUCGAGUCAACACGUAACUUGGCAAUCAUUGCGAUAACACCAUUGCUCUAUUAGUACGAUGGCUUGUGUUACUGUAUCGACCACUUCUGAUACUGUUACUAUUGACAGUAUUUCAUCCUAUUAUUAUUAUUAUUAUUAUUAUUAUACACAAAACUCCUGACGUUUUAUGAAUUGCCUUUUUUAUCAAAAAAAUUAUAUAAGCAGAAUAACAAUAAAGAAACAUUGUUGAAUA